AUGACAAAUUAUAGGAUAUUGCGCAGUACAUCAAGAAAGAAGUUCGCUAAUUCUACCCCGCCCCCGAAGCCAUCUCUAACCCCAUACAUCAGUUUGAUUCCCGCAAGGGCGCUACCUGGCACUGCGUAG